ACUAAUUUAUUUAGUGAAUUAGACGAUUAGCAAUUAUAGCAAUUAGUGAAAUUCUACCAAUUUAGUAAAAUUUUACUAACAAUUAGUAAUAUUCUACUAACUGGAAAGUUUAUCAAAAAUAGAUAUUUAAAAAAUUGGGAAAAGUUAUAACAACUACUAACAAUCGGUCAAAUGUUACUAUUUUUUAGUUUAAUUCCCCUAAUUUUGAUUUCGAGAGUUUUAAUUACGAUUUGCAAAAAAUCAAUUUUCGCGGAAAAUUUUAAAUUCAUUCAUCGCGCAUGUCAAUUAAAUAUUCGAACACAGCGCACUCUGACAUGAUGUUCUCACAACAGAUGGAAACAAAAUCAGCUGAUUUCUGUCAGGUGCUAUACUAUCAGCUGUCAAUUAUUUAUUUUUAAUCACUUUCCCAUAAUAAAUGUUUUUUUAAUUAUAUUUCAACAUGAAUUUUAAUAAAUGACGUUGACAGAAGAAUUUUGGAGUAGCAAAAAUGAACAAGAAUAUGAAUUCUCCGUCGAAACUUACGGAGUUUGCACCAUUAAGUCCAGAGGAAACCCAACCAGUUGUUGCUUCUCUUUUUUCAAAAAUUUUUAAUUUCACUAAAAGUACAGUUCAGACAAAUGAGACUUUACCAUCGCCGAAUAAUGAUGAACAAAGUUCGUCUGGUGAUUCAGAGUCUUGGAAGCAAUCCGAGAGUAGAGACAAAACUCCAGUGGAUGAUAGUUCAAGUAUGAUUAAUUUUUCCCUAGACAGUCGUGAAGGGCGUAGCUUACCAAAUGUCUUAAAAAGAAUUAGCAAUAUUGUGGCUUCAAAAAGCAGUAAUUUACAGUCUUAUAAAGAUUCACAAUUACGUAGUUACUGGAUGCCUGAUAGUGUGAGCAAGGAAUGUUACGAAUGCAGCGAAAGAUUUACCACUUUUCGAAGACGACAUCAUUGUCGGGUGUGUGGACAAAUAUUUUGUUCAAAAUGUUGCUGCGAUGAAAUACCUGGAAAAAUCAUGGGUUGCACUGGUGAUUUGAGAGUAUGUACCUACUGUUGUAAAGUAGUACUUUCCUAUUUACAAUCUUCGGACAUGAGAAGUGAUCUCUCCGCUGAUUUAAAAGCCCUUCAAGAAGAUCUUGAAGUAAAAUAUGGAAAUGAUUCUUUAGCUGUAUGCCAAAGAAGUUCUGACGACGUUGUGGAAAUUGAAACGGUAUCAAGAAAGCCAAGUGUUGGCUACAUGGAAGAAAAAUACGCUAUUGGACGUUCUUCGACGUAUUUAACUUUACAAGAACGCUCCUUCGCUCUACGAAAUUCCGCAUCUCUCAGAAUGAUAUACGAGGAAUUGUUUCGAUCAAAUCGAGCUAUGAUUCUUCAAACUCAUAGAAUAAGAUUAAAAAGUUAUUACAACUGCUUUAUAGGCAGUGAAUUAGUCAAUUGGAUGAUUGCGCAAAAUAAAGCAGCAAAUAGAAUACAAGCGACUGCGAUAGGACAAGCACUUUUCGAAGCAGGCUUCAUUGAACAAGUCUUGGCCGAUAAUUUUUUUAGUGAUUCAUCGGCAAUUUUCAAGCCAGUGAAAUUGCCACGAAUGCAACCGUCGGAUUUUCUAACCGAAAGUCAGACGUCAUGCGAUGCUCAAGAACCAGCUUGGGUGAAAACCAUUCCUCAACACGAUUCGACAACAGACUCGGAAAGUGAAUCGAAACAACCGGAAUUAUCUCCUCAAAAUCAUCCCCGAUUGCCUUCAUCGAGCUCUAGUUUCUAUUUGGACUUGAAUUUGGAAGCAUCUACUGUUACUUUAAAGAGACCGACCUCGGAAGACUUGACGACCAUUUCGAUAGACAGCGGAGACGGUAUAAUUGAGAGAAAGGAAAUUAAUAUCAAAGCACUGGAGAGAAAUUCGAAAGUUACUGACGAAGUGCUGAGUGAUACACUUCAGGUGCAGGAGCCAAAGGAGAGAAACGGUUGGCAUAAGGCUACGAACUUUCGAAGUGCUUUCGGAGAAGUUAGCGCAUACAACUGUUUAAUGUCGGCGUACAAGCAGCACGAGGAAUCGUUACUGAAGCAGUUACUCAACAAAGAAGGACUCUCGGAAAACUGGUCCGAAACUGUCCUAUCCAUCGCCCAUCAAAUAGUCGACUGCGUACGACCCGAUUUGAAUCACAAUGCCGAGGACUUGGACAUCCGACAAUAUGUUCAAAUAAAAAAAUCUCCCGGUGGCAGUAAGAACGACUGCGAAAUUGUUUCCGGCGUCGUUUGCACCAAAAAUGUCGCCCAUCGUGGAAUGAACGCAAUGAUCGCUAAUCCCACAAUUCUUCUACUUCGCUGCGGACUCAUGUACCAAAGAGUGGAAGGAAAAUUACUCAGUCUAGAACCUGUGAUGCUUCAGGAGAAUGAUUACCUCGGUCAUACUGUGAAACGAAUCACAGCUCUCGGACCGGAUAUAGUUUUGGUCCAUCGCUCAGUUUCUCGCCUCGCACAGGAUAGACUCAGAGAGUGUGGAGUGACUUUGGUUUUGAACGUUAAAUUAAGUGUCUUAGAACGAGUAGCAAGAUGUACGGACGCAAAUAUUGUCGAUACGGUAGACGCUCAUAUUUCCGCCCGGUACAGACUUGGUACUUGCAAGAAAUUCUAUUUGAGGAAUUUUCCCUGCGAAAAAUUGGGGGUGAAAACUCUUAUGUACUUUGAGGGUUGUGCUAAUCCUCAUCUUGGUUCCACUAUUCUUCUGCGUGGUGGUUCGGAAAAGGAAUUGAAACGAGUGAAAAAUGUCACAUCCGCCAUGAUCUUCAGUGUCUAUUCCUGGCGUCUGGAGAAAUCGUUCUUGAUGGACGAAUUCGCCAGACCGCCUUCGCCGAAGGAUAAUUCUUUUCUAGACGAAAGCAUCGAAAAUACUUCUGUAAACACUUCCAAAGAAUCGGAUGUGAAUGCUAGUUCGAAAAAUUUUGUCAAGAGUUCGGAACAUUUUGCCGAGAUUUCGAAAAGUGCAAUUGUCGAUCAGUUAAAUCCGUACGAUACACUGAAGCUUUUCAAAACGAAGACAAGAUCGAUUUCCGAAGACUCUAAGAGUAGUGACAAAGUGGACCAAGCGAACACGACGAAAGAGGAAGUUUUGAAUAGCAGCGAAAAAGCAAAACUAAAGGAAAGAUUGUCUUUCGAUGACAAACGCAUUUACGGAGAGUCUGUUAGUGAUCGAAGCGAUCCUCUGCAUCAGUAUUUAAACGAAGACGAAGAUUUUAGUCAAGUCAGUCCUAAUGGUCAGCAACUCUCGGUCGCUGAUCUGCCACUCCUAAAUAAAUUCAAAAAAGCCCUCGAAGGAACAAUUCUCAGUGUCUCCCCUUAUCUAAAGUUUACAAUUCCCUUCCUCGAGACCGAAACCGGUCGGAAUUGUACUCUCAGACAAUUUUUCCCUAAGGAAAUCUACUACUCGGUCCACUUUGAAGACAAGGUCGAGAGCGCAAAAAUCAGCAGCGAACCUUCUCAAACUGUUAAUCCUCUAGCGAAUUUGAAACUAAAAGCCCCUCAUCCGUUUAUAGAGGCGAAAUUAACGUCGAGUGCCGAUAGUCGAGAGGUACAGACACUUCUCGCUAAUUUUCGGGCUUGUGGCAGUAGAUUAGAGGGGACGAGUAAUGGAAGUGUGGAGAAGAAGAGAGUGAACAUUCCCCAGGAUGUAAUAGAUCCUACGCCUUUGAGAGCCGAUUGUUUGGAUCCAAUGAGCCAUCAGCAUUUGUCGGUCCUCUUCUGUAGUUUCAUGCACAAUAGCAAUGACACUCCGGUGUUUUGCGUAAAUCCCUGGGUCGUGAAUAUGGAUCUCUACGGUAGAAACGACAUCGCCUUGGGACGUUUUCUAGAAAGGUAUUGCCUAACAACCGAAUACAAGUGUCCAGCCGAGGGUUGUCGAGCCCAAAUCGCUCAGCACGCCCGAAGAUUUGCCCACGACGGCGGGUGUGUUCACAUCACCCUCACUGAAAUGAACACCGAACCUUUUGGACAAGAGAACGCGAAUCAAAUUCUCAUGUGGAGCAAGUGUGAAAAAUGCAAAAGUGUCUCGCCGGUGAUUCCGAUGACCGAUGACACUUGGUCCUUCUCUUUCGCUAAAUAUCUGGAGCUUAGAUUUCACGGUGGAAUGUACACACGACGGGAUGUUGAGACCUGCCAGCAUUCUCUUCACUACGAUCACUAUCAGUAUUUCUCGAAAAAGAACAUGUUGGCUGUUUUCAAAUACAACAAAAUUUCUCAGUGGGAAAUUUCCCUCCCGCCUCCGUUGAUUAAUAUUUACUACGAUCCGAAGCAGUACACGAACGUUAUUGAGGAGAUGAAAAAUGUCGCGUUGAAGGGCGAUGAAGUCUUCUCUAGUAUUCGGGAGAAAAUAGCAGUGGUUUCCAUCGAGCCUGAGAGUUUGAAUCUAUUGAAAAUUCAAUUGUCCCGUGAUCAGGCGUACUUUAAGAAUAAAAUUGAAGAAGCCCAGUUGAAGUUGACUUCGCCAACGUUGGAGAAUAAAAAGCAAGCUGGAAAGAAAUCGGAGAGUCAGGUUCAGUUAUUGAUGCACAGAAUUGAGGACGGAAUUGUACUUUUGAAGAGAUUGAUUUCGGAGAAUGUGACCGAGUGGAAUUUAAAGAUUUCGGAAAUUACGGCGAAGAAGAAGGAUGAGAGAUCGAGGAAAUUUACGGAGAGAUCAUUAACUUCGAAUAGUACCGGAGUUAUCGAUAAUGAUGGAUAUAUUACCGAAGAUACGGCUUCGGAAUCGCAGAUCGAGGAUCUUAGUCCAAUGUCAGCUGAUUAUAAUGCAGUUGAUGCUAUUUCUUCGGUUCAAACUGAAACGCAGUAUAAUGAUACUGUUGAAAGUUCGGAUAACGAAGUACCGGAGAAUACGAAUCCGGAGGAGAUUGUUGUCAUUCAUGAAUCGCCAAAAAUGCACCAAAGAUCGUAUUCGGAUGUCUUGCCCAUCACCUCCGAGGACAUUCCCGAUAAGAAAAAGAAGAAGAAGACUAUUUUGUCACAAUUGUUGCCUUCCAUUUCGACGAACAAUGCGAUAUUGAAUCCUUUGGGAAUUAUCGAACAUCAUUUACUUCCUUUGGGAUCUGUGGUACCAAUAGUCGUAUACGAAUCGGAACCAUCGUCGAUUAUUGCCUACGCUUUGGACUCUCACGAUUAUAAACACGCACUGCAGGAGCAAUUGAGAAACAUCAAGGGCUUAGAACCGAAUCCAAGUCCAUUGUAUAAGCGCAAAUUUCCGGAAUUCAAAGACAAUUUAUCAGAAGUCAAUCAGUCUGGUGAAUUUAAACGACCGUCGAUGCUUUCUUUCCUCAAGGGAAAUACUCCAAAUCCGACAAGUCCUCUCGAAACUGACAAAGGUGCUCCGACGCUGGAAAAUCCGAAUCCUGCUUCUUCGGAAACGGAAGAAGAGAAACGAACCACGAAACAACAAAAUUACAUCGAAGUUCAAUUCAAUGAUGCAACAACAAAUUUUUACUGCAGGGUUUAUUUCCCUGUACUUUUUGCUGCUCUCAGAGAAAAUUGUCUUCCAUGCAGCGAGGAUGGUUAUACGAGAAGUUUGAGUCGUAGCGUUCAAUGGGCGGCGCGAGGCGGUAAAAGUGGAAUUACUUUUUCCAAAACUCGAGAUGACAGAUUUAUUCUGAAAGAAAUGACUCGCAUCGAUAUGCAGAUAUUUUUGGAAUUUGCGCCCAACUAUUUUGCCUAUAUGGAAAAGUGUCAACAAACAAAGCAACCGACACUUUUGGGAAAAAUAGUCGGAGUCUAUAGAGUUUCUUUCAAGAACAAUACAACAAAUGCAGCUUUACGUAUGAGUGUUCUAGUGAUGGAAAAUCUUUUCUACAACCGAGUGAUAACUGACAAAUUUGAUUUGAAAGGAUCCGUGCGGAAUCGUUUGGUAAAUCCUGAAGAUGUUGACAGAGAAGGGGAAUUGGUUUUACUUGAUGAAAAUUUAUUGAAUAUGAGUUGUGAUUCACCAUUGUACAUUCGACCACAUUCAAAGUCAGUUUUGAACAAAGCUAUUGAAGAAGACACCAAAUUUUUGGCCGAUAAUUGUGUAAUGGAUUAUUCGCUUUUAGUUGGCUUGGAACCAAAUACAGAUGAACUUGUCUUGGGAAUAAUAGAUUAUAUAAGAACAUUCACCUGGGAUAAGAAAAUAGAGACAAUAGUGAAAAAAUCAGGAAUACUUGGUGGCCAAGGUAAACUUCCAACAAUAGUUUCACCCGCCGAAUAUCGUUCUAGAUUCAUUGAAGCAAUGCAUCGUUACUUUUUGUCAGUUCCCGACAGAUGGACGGGAUUAGGACAAGAAAUACAAGUACCUUAAUAUUUUUUUAAAUUUAUACUCUUAGGAUUAUAUAUUUUUGAUAUAUAAUCUCUUUGGAUUUUUAAAAGUGAAAAAUCCUUAAAAAAGAAAGAAAAAAUGCUAUAUUAGCAAUAAAAAGAUGAUGCUAAGCAUUGUUACCUCAUUGAGGCAAAAUUUUGAUUGUACAAAAGUAACUUUAAGUUAUUAUUGUCUAUAAUUCACAAUAAAAAUUGUAUAUAAUUUUGUAAAAAUAAUUUUACAAAGAAAAAAGAAUGUAAACAAAGGAAUAACAAUUUGUCUAUGAAAGCACCAUUAUUAAUGAUUUUAUUUAGAUAAUAUUUUUUUUUUUCAUAAGUAUGUACAUGAACAUUAUUUAUAAUAAUAGACAAAUAAACAAUAGUAUAAUAUAAUAAUAAUAAUAUUAACAUAAUCGUCGUAUAAUAAUCUAAAUUCAUAAGCACGAGGGACCGCUCGAGAACAUUUAAAAUACGUAUCGCGAGAGGGGAACGUUGUUUUUAUUUCAUAAUCGUUCGACGAUUGUAAAUAAUUUUCAAAAUCUGUACACAUUUUUCAAAAAAGAAAAAAGAAAAAAGAAAUAAUAAUAAUAAUAAUAACCAACAAAAAAGAAGGGAAAGAAAUAUUUAAAGUUCUUUCAUAAAAUCUUCCAUAAUCCAAUACACAUAUAAGAAAGACGUCCAAAGUCACUAUUUUUUAGUUUAUUUCACCUACGGUGAAUUGACAAAAUAAUACUCCUCGUUAUAUUUAUUAUAUUGCGAAGAGAUAAACAUUUUUUUUUAUCGCUAUUCUAAUAGUGUACAGAGAUAAUAUUUACGAAGGAAAACAGGAUAUUCAAGGAUUAUUGUCCGAGAAUGCCGAGCUUUAAUACGAGAUCGAAAAGGAAGAAAAAAUAAAAAAAGUCCGUCUAUAGAAUUGAUAGAUAGAAUUUCUACAUGAUUUUUUUACGGACAUUCUUCAUUUAAAUAUCGAUUCGUAAAAGAGAUAGAAGCAGAUAGAAAUAUUUUUUAUGGUCAUCAAUUUAAGAAUUGUAUUUGGAUUUUUUUGUUUACAAGUCUUGAUUCUUCGAAUAGAAUCGAUUGCAGUCACUUUUGAAUUAUAUUUCGUACAAGUAACAUAUGACACAUUAUUCAGCGAAAUUUGUCGCUCUUUAUUUUCUCCAGUGCAAAUAAUUUUUGUUUAACACAGCCCAACUCUGUAAAUAAGGACCAGUAUAUUUUCCCCUACCUAACUUUGUCGAGAUUCAGUCGAUAAAAUUGUUAAGCGGUAGGUUUCGACAAAAUCCUCGAUGUGAGCCUCUCUCCGACCUUAAAAUUUUUUCGCAAAUUCGGCGAAAAACACGGAACAACUUGUCUCAUGCACUCUUUCUCUCACACACUUACACUCUCAUCCUCCCCCCCUAUCAUUCUUGUCAUCGUGGAGAAGAUAUCCAUUGUUGUGGCUCAGCCAGAAAAAAAAAACAAUACGGCAAAAGUUUUCUUUGAAACCAAGAAUACAUGAUGAAGCAGUAGAAAAAUGAUUAUUUAAUUGCUAACGUAACCAUUGUCUUUAUAAUUUUUAUUCUCUCUUCACUUUUUUUCCCCCUAUGGCGUUUGAAAUCAAUCUUCAUAUGCAUCUUUGAGUCGUUUGAAACUUAGAAUGUUUUUUUUGUGUCCGAGUUGAUGAACCUCCACAGAGAAGCAUCUGAUUAUGGGAUGGAGAAACAAAUUCAUUUAAGCUCAUUUUAUCAUUUUUGUUUUUCAUUGUGCCUUUAUAAAGUUCUGAUUGUGAGACAAUCAGUUUUUUUUAGGCUUUUUUUAUACUUUUGUGAAUAUUGUCAGCAUUUGCGGUCCAUCGAUGCUUCCUCACUUUGUUUCUACUAGAACGCGCCAUUGCAAUAAGUUUUUUUUCUGCGAUCGAUGAAACACAUAGUGCAAAGGCAAAAUGUAACAUUCUUUAUCUCUGCGG